AUGGCUUUCCAUGUGGAAGGAUUGAUAGCCAUCAUUGUGUUCUAUCUUCUGAUAUUGAUGGUGGGGAUAUGGGCUGCUUGGAAAACCAAGAACAGUGGCAGUUCAGAAGAACGCAGUGAAGCGAUUAUAGUUGGUGGCAGAGAUAUAGGUUUGCUAGUUGGUGGAUUUACCAUGACUGCCACCUGGGUUGGAGGAGGUUACAUAAAUGGGACAGCUGAGGCAGUUUAUGUACCAGGUUACGGUUUGGCUUGGGCACAAGCACCAAUUGGAUACUCACUUAGCCUGGUUUUAGGUGGUCUGUUUUUUGCAAAACCCAUGCGUUCCAAAGGGUAUGUGACAAUGUUAGAUCCAUUUCAGCAACUCUAUGGGAAGCGCAUGGGUGGACUCAUCUUUAUUCCUGCCCUAAUGGGGGAAAUGUUCUGGGCUGCAGCUAUUUUCUCUGCCUUGGGUGCAACCAUCAGUGUGAUUAUUGAUAUCAAUAUAAACAUUUCAGUUAUUGUUUCUGCCUUGAUUGCAAUUCUGUAUACCCUGGUGGGUGGACUCUACUCAGUUGCAUACACUGAUGUCGUCCAACUCUUCUGCAUCUUCUUGGGAUUGUGGAUCAGUGUACCUUUUGCGAUGUCACAUAAUGCCGUUGCAGACAUUGGGUUCACUGCUGUGCAUAAACUUUUCCAGGACCCUUGGUUGGGAUCUCUUAAAUCAAAUGAAAUCUAUACUUGGAUUGAUAAUUUUCUUUUACUGAUGAUGGGAGGAAUUCCAUGGCAAGCUUAUUUUCAAAGAGUUCUAUCAUCAUCUUCAGCAACCUAUGCUCAAGUUCUAUCCUUUCUGGCAGCUUUUGGGUGCCUACUGAUGGCCCUCCCAGCAAUACUUAUUGGAGCAAUUGGAGCAUCUACAGACUGGAAUAAGACUACAUAUGGUCUUCCAGAACCCAUAGAAAGGCAAGAAGCAGAUAUGAUUUUACCCAUUGUUCUACAGUAUCUCUGUCCAGUAUAUAUUUCUUUCUUUGGCCUUGGUGCAGUAUCAGCUGCAGUCAUGUCAUCUGCAGAUUCUUCAAUCCUAUCAGCAAGUUCGAUGUUUGCUCGAAAUAUCUAUCAACUAUCAUUCAGACAAAAUGCAUCCGAUAGGGAAAUCGUCUGGGUUAUGAGAAUUACUGUGUUUCUUUUUGGAGCAGCAGCUACCGCAAUGGCACUAUUAGCCAAAUCUGUUUAUGGACUCUGGUAUCUCAGUUCUGACCUAGUUUACAUAAUCAUCUUUCCUCAACUCUUGUGUGUGCUUUUUAUCAAGGGAACCAACACAUACGGUGCCAUGAUGGGAUAUGUGCUUGGUCUUAUAUUCAGAAUAACUGGAGGAGAGCCAUAUCUUUACCUUCAACCAUUGAUCUUAUAUCCUGGUCAUUACCGUGAUGAAGAUGGCAUUUAUCACCAGAGAUUCCCAUUUAAAACAUUUGCUAUGUUCAUCUCCUUUUUGACCAAUAUCUCUGUCUCUUAUGUUGCCAAAUACCUAUUUGAAAGUGGAUCUCUGCCUCCCAAGUUAGACUUCCUUGAUGCUGUAGUUGCCAGGCACAGUGAAGAGAAUAUGGACAAGACAAUUCUGGUCAAAAAUGAAAAUAUUAAAUUAGAUGAGCUUGCACCUGUGAGGCCUAGGCAGAGUUUGACUCUCAGCUCAACUUUUACAAACAAAGAGGCCCUCCUUGACAUCGCUUCAAGCCCAGAAGGCUCCAGUACAGAAGAUAACUUGCAAUGA